AUGACCGAGCCCCACAACUUUCGUUUGACCGCGGGCCUUAUCGCAUCAACGUUUUUCCGCAACAUCGCGACUUUUCUGCUGCCAUUGCAUGUCGACAUUCAACAGCUCUCGACGACAGCCAAUUGGGCGAUUACCUUGGAUUUUGUCCGCAAGAUGGCUGCUCCAUGCAGAUUUGGCGGCGCAAUGCUGUCGAGGGUAGCUACACCCUCGACACUUCUCACCACAAGAGCCUUCUCAACCUCUCUCGCUUUCCGAGCCGAUCCCAAGAAGCCGGAGGCUGCCCCCGUCCGAAUGAACCCUCUCGUGGGUAACGUCACCCGUCUUUCGACCCCCCAGCCCAAGGCUCCCGAGAAGGCCCCCGAGAAGGCCCCCGAGGCACCGAAACCCCAGGUCACCAAGACCCCGGUUCAAGCGACCAAGGCUACUCCCUCCGAUCUCCCUCCCCCUCCUCCUCCUACUACCGCCGCCGCCGAGGAGUCCAAGCCCGCUCAGAAGCACCCAUACUCGGCCGCCUCUGACACCUUCGACAUCGUUUCGAACCUCAUCGCCAACAAGGCCAUGGCAUAUGGCGAGGCAAUCGCCACAAACCCCAUAGACCGCCCUCAGAUCCGCGCCAAGGCCGUCACAGGCCGUACCGUCUUUGUCAAGGAGCGAAUAACCCGGACAAGCGGACCGACUCCUAUGGUUGCCCUGAGGGUGCUGGGCAGGAUGAUUCGAGAAGACCAGGUCAAGAACAAGUACCACAGCCAAAAGUUCCACGAGCGCAAGGGUCUCAAGAAGAAGAGGUUGAGGAGUCAGAGGUGGCGGGCACGAUUCAAGCACGGCUUCAAGGCGACCGUCAGCCGAGUCAUUGAGCUGAAGAAGCAGGGAUGGUAG